GAAAAGGCGCACAAACCGAAGUGCGGGAACAGAGUGUGUUGGGCAAAAAACAAGUCUAAUUGGAUAAAACACGUCUGAUUGGGCAUUAAAUAGUGAGGUUACACAAUGUUUGUCCUAAUGAGUUUCAGUAAUGUCAAAAAUAUGAUGUCCGUCGUUCGUUUGUAUGACUACUACAUCAUAUGUUUGUCAUUAAUGAAUCUCAUUCUUGUAAUGCGCUGCAAAGCCUGCAACACCACUGAGUAUGAAAUGAAUGGAGAAUGCUGUCUGAUGUGCCCUCCUGGUCAACAUGUGUUAAAACACUGCGAGAGGAAUUCAGGCACAGAGUGUAUCCAAUGCACUGGAUCAACCUACACUGAUCUCCCAAAUGGACUGACGGCAUGUCUCACCUGCACUGUGUGUGAUAAAGGUGCUGGAUUAAGAAUAAAGAGUGAGUGUAUGAAUAGCUCAGAUGCACUCUGUGAGCCUUUGCCAGGACAUUAUUGUUCUGAACCUCACAGUGAGAGCUGCAGGAAAGCCCAUGAGCACUCAACCUGCCUUCGUGGACAAUACAUCAACCAGACUGGAACUGCUUUAAUGGACACAGUAUGUACGGACUGCCCUGCCGAGACAUAUUCAAAUGGUUCUUUUGUGCAUUGUAAACCACAUACAAGUUGUGAGUCUUUGGGGCAGAUAACAAUCACACAAGGAACACAGUCGAGUGAUGCAGAGUGCUCCCAUAAACCGUCGCAUUUAGGGCUCAUUGCCGUUGUUUUGUUGCCACUCAUGUUGUUGACUGUCAUCAUAAGUCUUUUAAUAUGGAAAAGAAAGAAUAAAUUUAACACUUUGUAGUCCUAAGGAGAUGGAAUAUUUGUACAUACUUUGUGUAUGUGUAUAUAUGUGUAUGUAUACUGUUUUCAAUUUUAUUUUAUUUUUUACAAAAAGCUUUUUUUCUACUACAUGUGUUUUUAAAAAGAGAGUGUAUUUGAAUCACAUAGUGCCAUAGCAAGUUAUGUCAUAAAAGUUAAUUAAUACCAAGCAAUAAGUACCAGUAAUACUGGACUUUGUCCACAACUGAAAUUGAAACUGCAUUUUAAAUGCACUGCUUAAUUAGAUGAUGUUGUAAAGAAUAUCAUCUAUACAGUGCAACUCGAAAAACACAUUUGUCUGGGUUUGCAUGCUUUAUAUCCAUGGUUCUCAAAGAGUGGCUGCUAAUGUAGUGCCCUGAGAUUAUUACCAUGGUCGUUGUAACUGCUAUUUAGUUUAGCACAGUUUGAAAUGAAACUAAAAAUUCUAAUAUAUAUAUAAAAUAGAAUGUAUCAUUAGUGUUACCUUUAUAGGUCCAGUAUAAAUCCUGUAGUAUAAAUACAAAAAUAGGGUUUGACUGCAAAAUUAGAUAAAUCAAGUUCAUCAGUUUUGAGAAACACAAGGUGUUUUCCCCCAAAAUAAGCACACAUUACAAACUAAUAGGGAAGAUUUCCGGCAUGGUUCCUGUGAGUCAUGAGGGUAUUUUAAAGGCACAGAUUUAAAAAUCAAAAAUUGUUUUGUCAUAUCAAUGUAAAUUUUGUAUGAUUUUGGAAAAUCCUAUAAUAGAUUUUAUAGAUUUGUCACAAUUGAUCAAGCGGCCUGCAGUUUAUUUUGUGCUUAUGGAAAUAUAAAAUUUAUUAUCAGUAAUAUGUUGGUUGUGUUUUAAUUUAAAUAUUAUAGUAAACUCAUGCCUCGAUUUUGCUUUUGAGUCAUACUAGCUGCAAACAAAAAACCUGUUUAGCAUGACAGGAAACAUUGGAAACAAUACUGACAGUUUGAUUUACAAUGCACAAUCAGCCUCCUCUUUUAUCAGUUUCAGUUUUUGUUUGGUAUUUAAUAACAGCACCUCAUUAUAGUAGUUCAUGAUGCUGGGAAAACCAAAAUUGCAGUCAUUAGCCUACGAAAGUUUUUUUUCAACAUUCUCCAAAAUUCUAUUGAACAUAUUCUUUUAUUUUUCCCAGCUAGUUGAUUAGCUUGUGAUACAAGUAGAUUUUGAAACGUGAUAGGAUUUACUUUUUAUACAGUAGAUAUGCUAUUUUAUACAUAUGCUAUGCUAUGUAAUGGGCUUGUUCAAAGCUUUUGUAAGAAUACGUAGCAGUUUUCAGAAUAAAAGCUUUGUUAAAAAUAAUCUUCUG